AUGGAUACGGGUCAGUAUCAGUACAAAGAUGAUCACUCGCGCCAACUGCAGCUUUGCAUCACAUCGUGGGUUCUCACGAGCCUGGCCACCUCGAUCGUCAUCGCGAAGCUCGUUACAACGGUCUUUGUCAACAAGACGCCGGGCUGGGAUGACUUGAUGAUCUUCGUCGCCAUGAUUGCAAGCCUUGUUACAACGUCCCUUAUUCAGGUUUCUAUCAACCUUGGCUUUGGGCGGCCAUGGAUGGCGGUGGCCGCUGAGGUCGGAGGGGCUCAAAAGUUUGUUCAAAUGGUCAAGCUGGACACAUAUGGAUAUCACAAAGCCUUUACGGUGAUUGCAUACAGUCUUCCGAAUGUCGCCAUCCUGAUCCUCAUCGAAAGACUGGCCGGUCGAACCAAAACCUUUUCUCGAAACUUUCUACGCAUCACAGUAGCCAUUCAAAUCAUCUUGGCUAUAGCCUCGGUGAUAUGCAAGUACGUCCAGUGCCGGGUGAUCGAAGCAUUGUGGCAGCUUUCCAGCGACGGCGAAUGCAAUAACAAGAUAUUCAACUACACCUUUUACGCCGCGAACUGCUUCACCAUCUUUACCGACAUAGUUCUUGCAAUUGUGCCGAUCCAUGCUUUCUGGAAACUGCAGAUGGGAUUGCAGAAGAAGCUCGAGGUUACAUUCUUGCUGGGCUUGACGUUUCUUUCAGCGAUAUUCACCACCAUGAAAGUUUACUACAUAUACAAAUUCUUUGAUGCCCAAGACUUUGGUCCUGGCGGUGUCGACUUGAAUUACGAUGUCGUGCCAGUGAUCACCUGGGCUACGGUUGAAAAAGAUGUCAUCAUCAUCGCAGCCUGUGUCCCAACAUUGUGGCCUCUUCUCCACGUUUUCAAAAGGAAGAGCCCGUUUCCAAGAGCACCCGGCAUCAACCACAGCGGGUCAACAGGCCAAAGCAGCAGUUCGAGGGGCCCGAAACACUGUCCCUCGAUUUCGGAGAUCCCGUUGGAUGACUUGGAAGCCGGGGCAUCCAGAAGAAGUGAGCCAAGUUUUGAAGCGAGUAGCAGCUUGGAGGAUUGGGAUGGGAGGCCGACUACGGGACGGUAUGAAUUAGGCUAG